GCUUCCCGUCCUGGACGUGAAGUUCCAAGAUCUUUCCUCCUUUGAUCCCAAACUCCCUUUACAUGCAUUGCAGCAUUGACUCACUCACAGAGUCUCUGGGGCAGCUUCAUGUACUCUGAAGAUUAAGAAGAAUAACAUUGGCAGGACACCCAGGACUCUUGCACUCCCUCCCUCCGGCUCCUAAUGCUCCUUAGCUUCUUCUAUGGACAUGGAUUCUGAUGAUGCACCCCAACCUAUAAAAGGGGUUGUCAUAAUCUCUCUUCCACCUCCAGACAACCCCUCUCUUGGCAAAACUAUCACUGCCUUCACUCUCUAUAACACUCCGAGAACGUCCCAAACUCAGACCCAAUCCGGCCAGCAACAACCCUAUGGCAACGACAAUCACCAAGACCCUCUACCACUCCAACAACACCAACCUCCAGCCAACCCUCAAGCUCAGUCUUCACUCUCAAUCAGCAGAACCUCUCUUGGCAUCCCAAGAAAACUCUUGGCCUUUCUAGGCAUCUCUAUGCUCGCUAUUAUACUCUAUUGCUCUGUUUCUUCUCAGACCCAGCAAGAAUUGCGCCACUCAGAUGAUGAUGAUGAUGAUGAUCAUAGACCCAGUUCGUUUCUUUUUCCUUUGUAUCCCAAAUGGGGGACUCAAACAGGGGACUUGAAGCUUAGAUUGGGGAAACUUGUGGAUGUUGAUAAGGGGGAUUUGAUUUAUUCAAUUGAGGAUGGGAGGGGUCCCCGCAUGAUCGACAACUUGGUUGCUUCUAAGGCACAACUUGAUUCCGCUGCCAUUUUACCUGUUAGAGGAGAUGUAUAUCCUAAUGGUUUGUAUUACACGCACAUGCUUGUUGGGAGUCCUCCAAAGCGUUAUUUUCUCGACAUGGAUACCGGGAGUGACUUAACUUGGAUUCAAUGUGACGCUCCUUGCACUAGCUGUGCUAAGGGAGCAAAUGCUUUGUACAAGCCAACAAGAGGCAACGUGGUACCUUCUGAGGACUAUCUGUGCACAGAAGUUCAAAGAAAUCAGGAUUCUGGACAUUGUAAAACUUGUAAACAAUGUGACUAUGCAAUUCAAUAUGCCGAUCAGAGCUCCUUCGGGGUUCUUGCAAGAGAUGAACUGCAUCUCCUAAUGGCAAAUGGAUCAUGGACCAGUUUAAAUGUUGUUUUCGGAUGUGGAUAUGAUCAGCAAGGCCUACUCUUAGAUACUUUGGUAAAGACAGAUGGAAUUCUUGGGCUAAGCGGGGCUAAAGUUAGCCUACCUUCCCAGUUGGCGAGCAAGGGGAUAAUCAACAAUGUGGUUGGUCAUUGCCUUACCCCAGAUGCAGGUGGUGGAUAUAUGUUCUUAGGUGAUGAUUUUGUACCGCACCGGGGUAUGACAUGGGCUCCUAUGCUUAAUAGCCCAGAAAUAGAUUAUUAUCGUACAGAGAUUGUGAGAAUGAAUUACGGAAGCAAAAUUCUUAGAUUAGGUGUGCCUGACGGCCAAGUAGUUUUUGAUAGUGGCAGUUCUUAUACGUAUUUUCCUCAGCAAGCAUAUUCUGAUUUAGUUGCUUCUCUUAAUGAAGUUUCUGGGUUUGGUCUCAUUGAAGAUAAAUCAGAUCCGACAUUGCCAAUUUGUUGGCAAGCUGAAUUUCCAAUCAGAUCUGUCUUGGAUGUUAAGCAUUUCUUCAAGACUUUAGCGCUUCAAUUUGGGAGGAAAUGGUGGGUUGUCUCCACAAAGCUUCAAAUUCCUCCAGAAGGCUACUUGAUCAUUAGUAACAAAGGCAAUGUGUGCUUGGGUAUCCUUGACGGAAGCAAAUUGCUCGAAGGAUCGACAAUUAUACUUGGAGAUGUCUCAUUGCGCGGGCAACUGGUGAUAUAUGACAAUGUGAACCAGAAAAUUGGGUGGGCACCAUCGGAUUGCCUCAGGUCCCAAAGGUCUUAACAUCUCCCCUUCUUUUGAGGGAAAGGACAUCCACAUUGGAGUUAUUAUGGGACCUUGGAGACCGGUUUCCUUUAUACAUAAACCCGGUUCAGCAUUUGCUCUUCGUUUGUGAAUAUAAUAUAUAGAGCAAUUAUUUGAAAAAAGGAUGAGGAUAGUUUAGGAAUAUGUCAUAAUAAAUAAAUAAUUUUCGUUAUGAUGAGCUGACAUUAUUCAUCAAUUUUUAUUUUUAUUUUUA